GGUCUUUCUGUACAGACGACAUCUUCUGGUAGAAUGGAUAGUGGAAAUUCUAUGCCCGGAGGUACAAAGGGUGUCUCAAGGCCUAAAUGGACAACUCAAUCAACAGCACAGGUCCCUGUCUCCAGGAACACAUCCAUGGGAUCGCAGAUGCCGGCCCAGAAACCGGCAACCAUGUCAUAUAGGAAAGGUCCAGUGCAUACUUCCAGAUCCCAUGCACCAUCUCUGAAUUCUAAAGCAGUCUCCACUGCCCCUAUACCAAGUACAUCAACUCAUCAAAGUGCCAAAUCUGUCAGCAAUGUAAAGCCACCGUGUACAAAGUACAGUGUAUACACCAAUGCCAACAUGAAUGUAUCAAGAAGAACAGUGCAGAAGGCCCCUGUAAAAUCAUCCUGUGCUCCUACAAAAUGUAUCCCUCCUGCGACAUAUUCUGCAAACUCUGCAUUACAAGUUGGUCAUGGCCACACCACUUGCACAAGACUGUCAGAAAAGACUGCAAGAGUACCUCCAAUGACUGAUGCCAUACACGCAGCAUCGGUUAAAGGUCAUGGGUUUAAUGACAGCCUAGAUGAUUUGUUUGCUGGUGACAAUAGUCUCCCUGAUGACAUGCUCUUAGCUCUUCUAGAUAAUGAUUCUGACUUUGAAGAGAUCACCAAGGAAGCGCCAUCAACUGUUCCUGUAGGGUCCAACGACAGUACUCAAAAGCAAUUUUCAGGAGAAUUGACUGGAAACAUAGUGGGUAAUUCAUGUAAACCCACAGUAACCAAGACACCAACUCAUUCAAUGAGCACUAGAGCACAGUAUUCUUCAGAAGGAACCUCAAAGUCAAAAGGCAGUGACUCUUGUUCAACAAGCAACUACAGUAGCAGGAGUUCUACACCAAAGAACCAAAAUCAGUCAACAAUCACUCCAGCAGUGGGGGCAACACGCUCUAGAUUUACCAGAUCAACUGCUCAAAGUCCUGUAACUAAACAGUCCAUUAAUAAUAAUCAGGCAGUGUCAUUGGAUAGGAAGAAUGUUGGUGUGGAACCUGGACAGGGUCGUAGGAGUCUUUCCCAGCCUGUCCCACCAGCUGUAAAAGAAGGUGGUGUGCCCAUGCAGAGGGGCUGCAGUCAACAGGAGAUUGAGCAGAAGAGACAAGCAGCUUUGGCUAAGCGCAAGAAAAGCAAGUUUCGGGUUAGUCCUACUGCAUAAUAUUAUAACAGAAAUUAGUAAUGUGGUGGUACUGUUAUAUUGAUAUCUCAGCUCAUGAAGAAAAAAAA